GUAACAGUUUCGCACCGCUUCACCUGCCGACAUGGAGCUAAUCAGGUCGCUGGAGGUGAUAACGGGAUGUUGUCAGCUAGCCUCUCCGGAGCUCCCGCACAAGCUAACAGGCUAGAGUCGAUCAGAAGGCUGCAUCGUGACGUCCGUUAUGGCGCGAUCGGUGCUGAAGAAAGUGUCCGAUCUGGAGGAUUACAGGGGCAGCGCGGAUCUGUCUGACGUGCUGAAAGCAGCUGGGUCCGACGUGCGUCUGAGUCCUGACGCGCGUCACAUCCAUGUCAUCCUCCGCCAGCCUCACGCCGGCCUGCUGACUUUCGACAAGCGUCAAAGACCUCCGAUCGGACAGAACCAGAAGAAGCUGGACGUGUGUUCGCAGAAAAACGUGCCCGUAGUGGAUGUUCUGUAUCUGGGGCGCAGCGCGCUGCUUGCUGUGGUGUAUGAGAGUGGAAAAGUGGAGUUUUGGGAGUUCCACGAGUGCAAAGCAGGCUGGAAUCUGCUGCAAACUUCAGAUUUGUGCAACAGCCCCCGAGCCAGAGUUGUGUCUGUGUGCACUUUGUCCAGUCUCAUCGUCUGGUGGGAGAGACCCCCAUCUGAGAGCUCCCAGAGCCUCGGCGGCCCCCGGAGCGAGCUCAGGUACUGUGUCUGCAGGCGUGACUUCGAGCUGCAGGAGGCUGCUGUCACUUUGGGAGGAGUGAAAAUCGCCCUCCACAAUAACCCCCGAUUGGCUGCAAUCAGCUCUGGGGAAUGUGUGUAUCUGCUUCCUGUGGUGAAAGCAAAACCCCCAUUGAGCAUCUCCAAAUUCUUCCUGUGUUGGUCCCCUCAGAAUGACUCCUUCAGUGUCAGCGUCACCUGUAACACACCGCUAAAACAGGACUGUAAGGAAUCUGAUUUUAAGCGAUUGAUGACGGACUGUUUGGGGUAUUUAUCAGCGCUACAGCCGCCUGAGAUCUACGGGUCCCCAACCCCCGGUGGAGGUCUGGUGCUCCUGCUCAGCACUGGGUGGGUGAGUCUCCUGCACAGAGCUGGUACAUCAACGGUGUAUAAACUGGCGGACCACUGUAAAUUCAGCUCUCACGCAAGCUUGCGCGUUUACGAGGACACCCUAGCGCUGUCUACAGAGCGGAAUCUGUCCCUGAUAGACUUGCACUGUGGCAGGGAGUUGGAGACGAUCGCACUGAAAGGAGAAAUCUUACUGUAUGUAAAUGGCGAGGAGAGUCCAACACCUCAUCUGCUUUCAGAGAGCGGGCUGUUUGCGAUGGUGCGCAAAGAGCCUGAUGCCCCGGAACCAAAAUCUAAGAUCAACCCUUUUUUAACCGAGAGUAUGUGUCCCAGCACCCGGCUGGUGGAGGCCGUCUUUGAGGAGGCCUGUAAAUACUACCAACAGAGGAGCGUGAGCAGCACUCGGCUCACUGUGGACAUGCUGAAAAUGGGGGGUAGGUUCCAGGCUCCCAUUUCUUUAGCUGCCAUCAUGAGGCACUACCUCAGCCCGGGAACAAAGCAGAGAGCAGGAGACGGAUUUGUGGCAGGGGAAGACAAGUUAAUGCACUCUCUAGAGGCUGAGCUGAAGGCUCUGGUCUCUCUGGAGGAGGUGAAGGGGAGGUUAGUGAGGAGGACUGGCAAAGAAGUGGAGGCCGUGUGCGAGAGUCUAGUCGGACAAGAAGUGUCGCGGUUGCUUUCGUCCUCCGAGCUGGAUAAAGAGGCGCUGCUGUACAUCAUCUUUUUUACCACCUUCCCCUGUGAGGCGUGGAGGGCGGCGCAGGCAGCCCUCCUGCUGCACUACAACGGAGAUGGCUCACUGUCCAGCAGGGCGCCUUCUGAUGUUUGGAAAGCUGUCCUUAGUCCUGCUUCAGUCUCCAGCAGCCUCCCUUGCACCAGCGGCGAGCCACAUUACAACAAAAGCCUCAUAGAUGGUUCUACCACCAUCUCAAAUGCCAAAUCUGCAAGUUCCACUUCCCAAGCUCCCCUACCUGUGUUUGAGCUCCUCUGUUUAUCUAUUUUCCAAUUCCAACCCAGCUGGUUGCCCAAAUUCCUGGAGCUCUCCCAGGAGAAGCAGGGAUCAGCCGGUCUGGGUCUCAGCCUGGCGACGUCCUCCUGGAGUUUUUCUGCUGGAAGAGGAGUGGAAGGAACUGAGAACAACAUGCCGCUCUACAGACGAACCCUGUGCAUCCUGUCCACGUUGGGACCGGACAAAGAUCCGAAUCGGGAUUUAGAGGUGGAGCUGUUCCUGGUCAGCAGGCGACCUAAUGCCAUUCUCCAGGCAAUGAGGAUCCUCAUGGGCAAGCAGCAGUGGCAGCGGGUCACCCAGGUGGCCCAGAGGUUCUGCAAGCAGAGUCCGCUGCUCAACAAGGAGAUCUUCACCACGCUGCUCAGUGAGGUGGCCCAACACAGGGAUUUGGACCCUUACUUGGACCUCCUCUGGGCGCUGUGCCCCGAGGAUGUCACCGUCAACACUGUCCUCAACUUGGUGCUGAAAAACCUCCCCACUUCUGAGACAUCUGCUUCAUCUUCUGCUCCCUUUGAUGACCCCCAGCACAACCAGCUUACCAUCGGCCUGUUGAAGCCGCUGCUGAGGAAGAUCCUUCAGAGGGAGAUGAAGCCAAGCCAACGAUACGCUGAUAUCCUCCAGUCCCCUCUGUACCCCCCUCCUGCACCCCCUCGCCAACCCACCAAGCAGCCCGGGACUGGCGUGGACCCCAGCACAGACGUGACUAUAACUGAUGGCGACGGCACAGCCAUUAUUGCGGAAGCAAACAAGCAACAGUCGCCCAUACAAUCAGCUGUCAAACAGAGCCAGGUGGCACUACAUGCUAACCCAGUCUGAUGCUCAUGCACAAAGAAGUGCAUGAACAAAUGCUCCAAAAAAAAAAAAAAAAUGCAUUGUAACUGUGAAGCAGUGUGUGUUUGAGGUAACACCAAUGUAACAGAUUUGUUUUUAAAACUAUCAAUAAUGUCAGUCUACUAGAGCCGAUGAGAUAACUACUGAAUGUCGUCGUGUUGUAAAUACUGCAGUUAAGUUUUAAAUGUUAAUGUAUGUAUCAUAUAUACAUAUGCAAAUAUUAUUUAUCUUAAAUGCACUCAGAUCAGAAUGUUGUUGCAUUGGGUAAUUGUAGCCUGUAUCAAACUAUAGUACUGAUAAUUUAGCAAAGCUACCUUGUGUUUCUGCAGUAUGGUGUUAAAUUGCGGUUCCUCUAAUGCCUACUUGGAGGGGUUUAUAAGAAGCACAUAAGAGAUGCUAAUCGUAGCCCAAUAUCGCUGCUUUUCAUGUGUCGUCUCCACUUGUUGACAUCGAAGUGUGUUAGACUUUAAUGCGGUGGACAAUCAGUGCAUGUUAUCCAGAUGAAGCAGCCUUUGUUUGUUUAUCUGAACGUUUGCUUUUUUAAGCAUGGGGAGAGGGGGGGG